AUAAUUGUUUAUAGAUUCCACUGCAUCAGUGCCGGUUUUAACAACAUUGGCGCCCUGAGCAAGAUUAUCGUGGCGCCCAUUCAAAUUCAAGGGCUCGAAAUUCUUGUGAAAGAAAAGACAGGGUAAUAAUAUCGAACGACGAACCCCAUUUUGUUUUUAUAUUUUAGGGAAUCUCUCUCAAACUAGGUGAAACCAGGCAGCGGCGCCCCUACAGAUUUGACGCCCUGGGCGACCGCCCAACCGCGCCCCGCCCUAAGGCCGGUACUGCAUUGCAUAGAACUAUGUAAAAAAUACCGAAAUAUGUUCGGAACUACGCGAGAACAAUUUAUGCAAAGCCAGAACUCCGUCAUUUCGGACAGCAAAUAAUCUCUAUCUGCCUUAAAGACAGUUGUCGGGCAGUAUUAAUUUUUAAAGAAAUUAUUUAUCGAUUCCACUGUAUAGAAGUGUGUAAAAAAUACUGAAAUAAAUUCGGAACUACGCGCGAACUAUUUGAAUAAAGCCAGAACUCCGUCAUUUCGGACAGCAAAUCUUCCCUAUCUGCCUUAGACAUUUUUCGGCCAGUAUUAAUUUUUUAAAAAUUAUUUAUCGGUUCUACUGCAUAGAACUCUGAUAGAAAACGCUUAUAUAUGUUCGGAACUAUGCGAGAACUAUUUGUAGAAAGUCAGAACUCUGUUAUUUCGGACAGCAAAAUCACCAAAAAUUUUUUAAAUUACAAAAACAAUGUUUUUUCGCCAGAACUCUUUCUAGAACUAUUGCAGAACUCUCAUGCGAUAAAAAUCCUAGCAGAAAUAAUUGGGAAAUCAUCCGGGGACAAAGUGAUUUGCAGCGUGAGUUAGCAAAUCAGUUUGCACUUUUCAAUUUUUUUCACUUGCACUUUUCAAUGGUCUUAAAAACCGGAACUAUGUGUUUAAUGUAUCAGGAACUCUAGAACGAUUAGAAAGGAAGUCAGAACUCUAAAAAAUUAGUGAUUUUCCACGAAAUGAGAUGCCAGCUUCACACACGCGUAACAUCGUGUUCCUUAAAUCUGAAUUAGAAUGACAUUCAUUAUCGCAGAUGCGAUUUGAUUAAAAUAAAUCGGGAGAACGGAAGACAAAUCUCUGACCUUCGGCUCUAUCAAUGCGAUAUGGUAACAUUGUGGGAUCCUUCCGCAAAUAGUGAUGUAUAAAAGAGCUGUGCGAAAAAUAAUUUUACAUUGUGGCGAAGAGCACAAGUAUACAUUAACCGCAUAGCGCAACUAAAGCUUAUAUCAGCCGCAGAUUGUUUGCGAGAAUGAGACGGUUCAUCCUACUCGCCUUCAUCGGCGUUUUUCUAAUGAAAAAUGCUGCACCGUCGAAAAAGAUUCAUCCUUCACGUCUGGAAUGGUUGUUUGGCUUAAAUCGUAAACAAGAUGAAAAGAAGGAAGAAAAUAAGCCGACCGUGUGCCAAUCUCAGGAGUGCAAAAAAAUAGCUCAGAUAAUAUCGGAGAGCAUGGACAAAACUGUGGAUCCGUGUGACGACUUUUACGAGUAUGCCUGUGGAAGAUGGUCGGAGCAUAAUCCCCCACCGAAGGGCAUGGAUUCCUGGAGUAUGUUUGAAAGAUCGCAAAUAAAUGUCAAGAAGCAAAUAAAAGAAAUUUUUGACGAGGGUCCUCAAGCCAGUGAUCUUUUGGCGGUGAAGCUCGCGAAAAAGUGGUACAAGGUAUGCAUGGAUACAGAUGGAAUCGAGAGGCAAGGACUCGAACCGGUUGUUUUUACUUUAUCUCGGAUAGGCGGCUGGCCGUUGAUAAUGGAACUGGACGAGUGGAAUGAGCAAGAAUAUAGCUGGCAAAAAGUGGAUGAUCAAUAUGUGCGCUUGAUAGGCAGGAAUGCUUUUCACGACGUGCGCGUAUUCAAAUAUGGUUUGAACGAGACUCGGAAAGUAGUGCAUAUUGACAUUCCUCAUCUACCUCCGGGUUCAUCCGUACUUUGGAGUGCGAGUGACAUGGAAGAGGAAGAAGACGAAAGCGAUGAGGACCUCAGCGACGAAGAGAAGCAAAGCGAGCAAAAAGAUAGUCAAGAACCUGGAAGUGAAGACGAAAGUGAUAAUAAUAGCAACGACGAUGACGCUGAAGAUGAUGAUGAAUAUGACGGUAACCAUACAAAUGAAGAAAACAACCAUAAGAAGAAGAAAGGCGGUAUGAAAAAGACUGGCAAGUUGGUGAAGAAGAAAAAAUGGGGACAUAGUAGAAAGAGUAGUACGCAUAUAAAGAAAUACGAGAGCCAUAAGACGCAGAAAGAGAGAAUGAAGAAAUGGGGUACAGUUGCUCGUGAAAAAUUGCGAAUGCUGAAGACGAAAAGCGUGAAGCGAAAACGCAUGGAGAGAUUAAAGAGAACUUUAGAAUCUACAACACCGCAGAUCAGCACAGAAGAAACGAUAGAUGAAGAUGACCAACUGAAGCGAUAUGCUGAGUACAUCUCGAAAGUAGCUCGCGCCAUAGCUAAAACAGGAGGCUUAGAAGUUUCGGAAAAACGUAUGGAUAAAGAUAUUCAAGACAUGAUUAAAUUUCACAUAAAAUUAGUUGACAUUACUACGGAUUUCAGUGAUGACGAGGAGAUGACGCUUAAUGAUUUCCAACAAUGGUAUGAUAAAAAGAAACCUGAUACUCCCAAUAGCGCAAUUAACUGGUUGUACAAAAUUGGGGAAUUAUUUGACGAGGCACACGUACCUGUAGAUGGCGAUUUAGAUCUGGAAAUUGGUUCACCAGGUUACUUCAAGGAUCUUAUCGCUUUGCUAGAUAAGACGUCGAGUCGAACGAUCGUGAACUAUGUACAUUGGAACUUCUUAAGUAGAAUAAUAAAAAGUACGACAGAUGAUAUGAAAAAAUUAUACAAUGAGUGGCAAGGAAAAAAGGAGCAGGAAGAUAAAAAGGUUCCUCGAGUUUUAGCGAGAUCGUUCAAGUGCAUAGAGGAAGCUGAGAUGAGCGACAUUGUAGCGUACGAGUAUGUGAGAAAUCACUUCUCUGAUUAUAUCACAGCGACCGCAUCGGACAUGAUGGACGAUAUACAAAAGGAAGUCGAGUAUCAAAUUAAAGAAUCAGACUGGAUGGAUGAGGACACUAAGGAUUUUAUUUUAGCGAAAUUAGUGAAUAUGAACAAAUUCAUCGGAUAUCCAGAUUGGUAUAGAAAUAAUACUAUCGUCAAACGAUACUUUCAAGGACUCGUUAUCGGCCAUUCGUAUUACGAGAAUACGCUCAGCUACAACAGAUACAGCAAGUGGAAAAGCUUACGAAAGUUAUUGAAGAAAACUGAGGAUGACGCCGCAAAGACGAUGAGCCCCAUAAUAGUAAAUGCUUUUUUCAAUCCGAGCGCCAAUUCCAUACAGCUCUCAGCGGCGGAUUUCCAGAGUCCGUUGUUCGCUUAUGAUCGACCACAAGUCAUUAAUUACGGUCUUAUUGGAUCAAUUAUGGGUCACGAAGUUAAUCACGGAUUCGAUAAUAGGGGCCACUUGUUUGAUAAAAAUGGCAAUUUCGUGGAAUGGUUGUCCGCAAUGGCCGAAGCGUAUGGCAAAAGGGCAGAAUGUUUUGUCGAACAAUUUAAUAAUUAUCCCAUCGACAAGACAUCAAAUUACAAAAUAAAGAACUACGGUAAUCGGACGGCAGGAGAGAAUAUCGCGGACACGAUGGGAUUACAGGUAGCGUUUAAAGCGUAUCGAAGGAGAGAAAGAGAAUGCGGGAAUCCGGAUACUGUUUUGCCAGGCCAUGAAAACCUCACUAACGAUCAACUUUUCUUCCUAUCCUUUGCUAACGUAAGUGUUAUCUCAGAUUGUGAAUUACAGAGCUGUAAUAAUUUAAUUACGAGCACGGUUGAAGGAAACAUUUUGUGCCGUAACAUGACGUGCGAUACACGCUUGCAGCUGUGGUGCGAAACUGGGGAAGCAAAUGGCACCGUAAUGAAAUUCGAUGUACACAGUACUGGACGGUUGAGAAUAAUAGGAAGCGUUUCGAAUUCACAAGACUUCGCCGAGGCUUACAAUUGUCCGGUCGGCAGUGCAAUGAAUCCCGAGAAGAAAUGCCACAUCUGGAAGUGACUAACUAUAGAUUAAGCUUGCCAAUACUUGGGGAAGAUACACAACGAUUGAGAAACUUUUUUUUCACGUAUCAAUGAAUAUACAUAGCACACGAGAUAAAAGAUGUCGUAAAGAGAUCGUUUCAUUUUUCUUUCACAAUUUUGAAAUUCUUAUCGCAAUCUCACGUCGAGCAAAAAAAGAUCAUAUUCGUGUACUCAGAUGUAUGAAUGAAAAAAAAUCAUAUUUGUGC